UCUCUCUCUCUCUCUCUCUCUCUGGCCUUUAUCUCGGAAGGCCCUGCCACCACCCUGUGGACAGAUGUAUCGUUCGGCGCGUUCGAAGAAAUCGGUGGAGAGAAAGAGAGAGAGAGAGCGAAGAUGGAAGACUAGUUAUUUACGAGGAGAAAGAACGGAAAUGGCGGAUAGGAACGAAGAGGAGCGCUUCUGUGGCUUCCGGAGGUAAUGAUGGUAGUUUAUGAGGGCAGUUCAAUGGGCUGGGAAGAAGCUUUGUACUCCGGUUUCUCUCCCCCAUCUAUAACCUGGCUGUUAAAGGGAAACAAUUUAUUAAGCGGGAAAGAGAAAGCGAGAGAGGGGUGAUGGAAGCUCCUCGUUGGUAAAAAGCUUCUCCUUUUCGAAUAAGGGAAUCGAGCAAAAAAAGUGGAAAUAAGGCGAGAGAAUAAAAUGGUGGAGGAGCGCUGCUGCUUCAACAAGGAUGCACUCGCCAUAAAGGCACCAAAGAAAAUGCACGUCGUGUUGAGGAUGCUUAUGUUAGCUGCUAUGAUGAUAUGCGGCAUCUAUAUUUCUUCAGUAAGUUUAAAGCAGAUAGCGAUACAAAGCAGACCCAGAAAAUUGAUGAUCAAGAUAAUGGAAGCACCUUGCAGCAAACCUGACAUUCCAUAUUAUGAAAUACCAUAUGUGCAUUAUCCAGUACCCACCACUUAUAGCAGGGAUGAAUGUGCAUGCACACCAGUUCGGUUUUUCUCUAUUGUGUCGAUGCAGAGGUCUGGAAGUGGGUGGUUUGAGACUCUCUUGAAUAGCCAUGUUAACAUUAGUUCUAAUGGCGAGAUUUUCUCUCCCAAAGAAAGGAGGAGUAAUGUAUCAACAAUCAUAAGAACAUUGGACAAAAUUUACAAUCUGGACUGGUACAGCAGUGCUUCAAAAAAUGAAUGUAUAGCUGCUGUUGGCUUGAAGUGGAUGCUGAAUCAGGGUCUUAUGGAGAAUCAUGCAAGAGUAGUUGAAUACUUCAGUCAAAGAGGGGUCUCUGUGAUAUUCCUGUUCAGGAGAAAUCUACUUUGUCGUUUGGUCUCACAACUUGCAAACGAUCAUGAUCGCAGCGCUAGGCAAUUACAUGGGACUCAUAAAGCUCAUGUACAUUCAGAAAGUGAGGCCAACAUACUCGCAAGAUACAAGCCCAGGAUCAAUACCUCUGAAUUGAUUCCAACCCUUAAGCACACGGAUAAGUUUGCUACCGAUGCACUGGGGUACUUCAAGAGCAUCCCCCAUAUUGUUUUGUACUAUGAGGAUCUCGUUCGGAAUCACACCAAGCUAAUGGAUGUCCUGGAGUUCCUGAGAGUACCUCAGAGAAAGCUGGUUAGCCGACAUGUGAAGAUACACACGAGACCACUGCACGAGCAGGUUGAGAACUGGGAUGAUGUUUACAUCUCUCUUAAAGGAACUGAGUACGAAAGCUUUUUGAAUUCAGAUUAUGGUUUUUAAAUUGGAUCCUUUUGAUAGCUGGAGUUACCAUGACAACCACAUCAAGCAUACUUCUUAGUAAGAAAAAGGAAAUGGAAUCGAGCACAGUACUAAACCGACACGACAGAUGGACAGAAGAUCUGCUUGUCCAAAACAAUGCUAAUUUGUUUUAAUUUUUAUACUUGUGUAUGCAAUGCCUGCAUAUAUGUAAUUGCAGGCAUCCAUUUGCCUAACAAGCUCAAUUAGCUAGGCGGUGUUUGUUUACAUGUUUUACUCAUAUUUUGUUGUUUCCAUGAGUAAUUCAUGAGCUGAUCAAGUGUUCAAGGUCACUUGAUCCCUGGAUUAUGUAAAUGAAGAUUUGAAGUUGGAAAUUUGAAUUGCA